GCAAUUGAUGUGAUUUUGAAGCUUGCUUUGCGUUAUUUCUCUUGCGGUCGGAGCAUCAGCGCGCAAAGAAUUAGAACUGAUCUGGGCAAGGUGACCAGAUUGUUCUGUCCGAUAGGGCCAAAGUGGAUACAUCUGCCGUCUUAUCGGACGUCACACGAUGCGUAGACUUUGGCGUAAACUGGAUUUCAGCCCUACAACCCUAUAAUCUUUUGACAGGAAGUUUACGCUCUUCAUUACAAAUUAAGCGAAACUUUUUGAGUUAACGUCUCGUGUGACGUCCGUAUUAGAAGGAUAGAUUCCUAAAUCGAAUGACAGUAUUUUCCUCUAAUAAUAUCCUCGCCGGUGAACCGGUAGAACUACAAAUGAACCGGUUCGUCUGGUCACUCUGCCGAAGGCGCCAGCUCGAUUGUUUUUGUUUCUAGCCUACUGCAACCAUUUUACUUGCAACUGUCGGUGACGCCGGUUCGGAGCGGGAACUAACUCUUUUUCUGCAACUUCUGUGCGUGUGUGUGUGUGUGUGAGCGUUUCUAUUGUGUUCUGAGGAAUUUAGUCCGAUUGUUAACAUCUUAUAGGGGUUUUGCUACAAGCUCACGUAAAAGAAAAUACCAAAAACUACAAAAUGUCCGGCAUUGCUUCGUCCCGCCUUUCUGAGGAACGCAAAGCCUGGCGCAAAGAUCAUCCCUACGGAUUCGUUGCUAAACCGGCGAAGAAUUUGGAUGGUACGGCAAAUAUCAUGAACUGGGAGUGUGCCAUUCCUGGAAAAAAGGGUACGAUCUGGGAGGGCGGAUUGUACAAAAUUCGCAUGCUGUUCAAGGACGAAUACCCGACCACCCCGCCAAAGUGCAGGUUCGAGCCGCCAUUGUUCCACCCGAACGUGUACCCGUCCGGCACGGUCUGUCUGUCGCUGCUGGACGAGCAGAAGGACUGGCGUCCGGCAAUAACGAUCAAGCAGAUACUGCUCGGCAUUCAGGAUCUGCUGAACGAGCCGAACAUUAAGGAUCCGGCACAGGCGGAGGCGUACUCUAUUUACUGUCAAAAUCUGGCGGAAUAUGAAAAGCGUGUACGUGCGCAGGCCAAAGCAAUGUCGAAUAGUUAAAUGAUUUAUUGUUCAUCGUAAUUUAGAGGCGAUUGAAUUAAUGUACGGAUAGAGUUAAGCGAAUUUACAGACCCAGGAUAGCUGGCAGAUCCGUGUGUGUGUGUCUCUCUGACCGUUGAGUGCCUCGCAUAGCUUAAGGACAUUCAUCUUUUCUUUGUUAUCUCUUGACUAAAACGAGCGUAAAGAAUAGUAGGGAAGCGGGAAGUAGCAGUUAGCAUGGAUUGUUGCCAUAGCAAACUAUGACCAUAGCGACGAUGCGUUGCUUCCUUUGCGAAAAGGAGGAUAGUUUCGGUGAAAUAGCAGAGAGCGAUACCAAGUGAAUUAGAAACAGUAAGAAAGGCAGACAGCAGAAUGAAACUCAGAGGAAACUCAAGUGAAGAAAUGUAUCAGAUACGAACUACCUUCCGAGCGAUUGUGUGGACAAGGAGUGAGCUCUUUGGUUCAUCAGUAAGUGGACUGGACAUAAUUUAACAUAAUAAACACUGAAAUAUAAGCAGCCACAAUAGCUGGCGGCAUACUCGUUUAA